GCGACGUUCGUGCAGGGCUACACCGUCGAGAACUUGAUUGGCCCCCAGGUGUUCAUCAACUUGAUCCGGCGCAUUUUCAUUGAAGAGGGCCUUCUCAAAGAUUCCGUGAACGAGCUGGUCGCUUCUGUGGCCGAGCAUCUUCGCCACGUCGUGCAGCGUGUCGUUGCGCUCCAUGCCAAGGUCCACCCGGUUCUUUCCAACCGCCUCGCGAGCACGGCCGAGGACGCCAUCGACGAGAUGACGUCGAAGGCGAGGAGCCUCUGCGAGAGCCUGGCAGAGGCACAGGCCGUGACCUCCACGACGAACGGCAACUACAUGGUGCAGCUCUCGAAGUUCCGCCGCUCUUGGUUCCAGGAGGCGGCCGACGGCCUGAAGAGCAUCGCUGAAGCCUUGUUAGGAACCGCGGGAGCAAAGUUGAAGGAAGAAGAGCCGCAGCUGACACCCGAGUUCGUGGAGUUGGUGAAGCAGGCGCAAGAGGAGCCGGAGAAGCUGGCUGUCUUGGAGCUCUGUGCAUCGCUGCAUGUUUACACCGGCUUCCUUAUCGAGGGCUUCGUGGAGCAUGCGGCCAAGCUCCUGAAGUUCAACAUGGUAGAGCACCUCGGAGAGACCCUGGAAGACACCUGGCGGGAAGAGCUGGGAGGAAGCGCGUUGCACGAGCUCUUCCCCAAGGACGAGGGCAUCGCGCGCCAGAGGGAGUCCCUGAUGGCCUGCAUGCGCACGCUGCAGGACUUCAAGGAGCAGCUCUCCACGCUGAAGGUGGCUGCCCCGGUUCCUACACACGUCCCCGCCAGGAGGAAGACGAUGUCGGACAGCCUCCAGGACCGGGAGAAGGCCAGGAAGGAGGAGCUCGCGGCUAGGACCGCUAGGACCUUCGUUUGGAACUUUGCUGCCGAGUUGGAGGGCCAGGAGGCAAAGAGGGGAACCAUACUUGACAGCCCGAAGUUCACCAAAAUGACGGUGCCGGAUAUGUACCUGUCCUUCUAUCCAUACGGCGACGAGGAAUCUGCCGAUGGCACGUCGGCACUCUAUUUGUACUCGCCAACGGGCUGGACCCUUUCUUUCCGCUUGCGUGCAGGAGGAGUUGAGAACAUGGUUGAGGGCCACAAGUUCGAUGGAGCCGGAUACGGUUCCGACGACUUUCCUUCUGCGAAAGCAUUCUCAACCCAAGAAGUGAGCGUGGAGCUGCUGAAGGCAGUUCCGCCGUAG